GGAGGGAGUUAGGUUAGCAACAGCAGCAGCGCGCCCUCCUCGUCCAGGCAGCCCUCCUCCUCGCACCCGCUGCCGGCUCUCCGACCCCCCGGGAGAAAUGAUCUUUGGCCUCAGAACAGUGCCUGUGGUGCUGGAUGCUUUCUCCACUGCCUGACCAAGACAACUGCUGGAGCGGCUGGGGAGAUGCCUAGGAAUCUUCUGAAGUCGGAUUUUUCAGAAAUGGACUCUGAUAUGUCACCCAACUGCAAGCUCAGUGACUCGGGCAGGGGAGGGAGUCUGGAGAGUCGAAGCAGCGGUUCUCGGACCCGAAGUUUUACCUUGGAUGAUGAGAGCCUGCAGUUCCUCACCCACGAGGAAAAGGAUGUCCUCCUGUUUUUCGAAGAGACCAUUGACUCACUGGAGAACGAGCUGGAUGAUCCGACCCUCAACGACAGCGGGAUCCACUGUCACUCGCCGAAGUCACUGGAGGAGAGUGCUUCCAGUCACUCGGAGUCAGAAGAUAUCAUCGAUUUGGUGCGACGGACUCCGGAGACCGGGGAGGUGGAGCAACCACGAGACAUGUCCGCGGCUUCAGGUGAUGCACAGACCAUCGAGCCUGUUCCAGGAUUAGGAAUCUCUGGGAAAGUGAACGCAACCACCCUGGCCUUGAGGGAACAAGUGUCCAAGAGAACCCUGGCUCCUGACUCUGCUGUUUCAUUGGUCACUCCUCUACCACCAUCCCCACCUCUAGCAUCCGCUCCGGUCCCUUCCAGGAAAGACUUUUUGUCCCCUUCCCCUCCAGCAGAGCACCCCAGACUCCUCCGUUCUGUCCCCACACCUCUCAUCAUCGCCCAGAAGAUUUCUGAGAUGCGGGGGGGGAGUGAGGGUCUCUCCCCAACAUCCCCUUCGAAGGAAGGAAAACUCGGUGAAUGGAGGACACUCUCACCAGUUCCUUCCUCUGCCCUAAAUGGAGACCACUUCCAGUGGCACAGGCACCCAGCCACCCUGCCCGCCCCCAAGGUUCACCGGUUCCCGAGCAACAUCAGUGUGACGAACAGCACCGGGAAGGAGUUCAACAAGACCAUCUCCAAAGCAGCAGUCAGUGUGCAGGAGCGGAAGGCCCAGGUUCUCGCCAACAUCAAUGGGGUGGCCUUUCUCAUGGGGGAAGUGGAAGACCAGCCGCAGAGGAACGAUGUGUCCAACCAGUGGAGGAGCACCUCACCCAAGGACGUGGUCCCCGAGCAGAAUCGAGAUGAAGUCCCGGGCUUUGCCAAGGAAGUUCCGGGCCUGGUUGAAGUAGAUAAGGUCGGCGGUGGCCACUCGUCCAAGGGUCAGCAGAGGGAACGGCCCGAACCAGUGUCCAACGGGUACCAGAACAUCAAUGAGGUCUUGAAGAGGGAGACCAGCCCCUUUGUCUCCACGGGCAAAACCAUCACCUUCCGCCCAGAAGCAGCCUCCAUCAAUAGCAAGAUCUCCCGCCAGAAUGCCACCAAGAGCUUCUAUGAACACCGGCAGGGGGACUUCGGUCAGGACGUUAGGAAGCGGACGAGCUCUCUCCCCAGGGUGGUGGGAUUCAGACCGCAGGGGAUCACCGUUCAGUUCUCUGGCCGCGGCUCGACAGAAGAAGCCCGGCGAGAGGCCUUGAGGAAGCUGGGGCUGUUAAAAGAGACCUCAUGACCGGGGCUGUGGUAGUGAGAGCUGGAGAGGAGCUUGCAAGCUAAGCUCUGAUGGAUGGACCAAAUGGCUGAAAUGCCCCCACCUGUUCUUUCUCUCUCGCUCGGUCUCGGAAGGAACACGAGGACUGUUUGUCUGGUUUAGCAAGUCCAAAGCAUACCUGGCCUUGAAAUGGCUGAAGGUCCCUAAAACCUACCACUGCUUUAGAGGGGGCUACAAAGUGGCCUGAUCUGCUGAGUCAGGGGAAGGGUGAUUACCAUGAAAAAUGGCCUGGGGCCAUGUAAUUUCAUGAAGGAUAUAAAAUGCUUAUCCUCAUCCUCUCCCCAUUGAAAACUUAAUCUCUUGUUGGAAGAGAACUUCACACCAUCUUUUAAAGUCUCGUGUGUCUAUCACAUUUGGGGAGUCAAAAGUAACUUUGAAGAAACCUAUCUUCAAACCCAGUGGCACUCAUGGGGCUAUAUUAAUUUUUGUUUCAUACGUGGAGGCCUUUGCUAACAGUUUCUUAUAUCCAUCCACACUCUUCAACACCUGACUUGAUAUACCAUUUAAGAGGUGACUUAUUCCACACACCUUGAUUGUUUGGGUUUUUUUUUUACCUGCCUUUUCGUAAAGGUUUCCAGUUCACAUACAUCUGAUUACUGUGGUGUCUGUGAGAUUUCUAAUAUGUCUAUUGUCUUACUACUCUGAGGAUAAAACCAUUCAGGUUUAUAUGUGUAUACUUAUCUAUAUGAAGUACCAUUUCGGGUGAUUAACUUUUAUUGAAGGAUGGGGAAAAGGCUUUAGAACAUUAAUUACUGUGAUUUUUGCCUGAGGCCCAGGAGUGAAAAUAGGAGAAUUGUGAAUUUUAGAAGGGGAAAGUAGUUUUAAGAAAGAUGCGUCCCAUCAACUUGAAGGGAUCGGGAUAUGUUUGCAAUUCUCUACAGGGCUCAUCCUCUUCUUUCCACUCCCUUAGCGGACUCUCAGCCAUCUCCUCUUUGGGGCCAGUGAUGCAGAAAAUCAAAAGGUUUUGAAGCCAUGGGAUACUGAUUUUUAAUUUCAAUCAAUUUUGAACCUACUUUGGCUAUAGGCCAGAAAGUUGUGUUUUCCUUAAUCUCAAUAUCUAUGUUUCCCAAUUGAAAGAGUCAAAAAGAACUUGGAUAAAGAAAACCAGUACAUCUCUGGGAAACCAUUGGUUUGGAUUUUUGGAUUUCUGGAGCAAAAUUGCAACUUCAUAAUUAAUAAAAGAAAGCAAACCAGCAUAUAUUAUAUAACUAGAUGAGAGGGGACAAGCCAUGGGAUUUAGAUGCCAAGUUAUAGCCAGGACUAUUAUUAUUAUUAUCAUUGUUGUCUCAGGGUGGCACCCCAAAACCCUGAAAACGGAUUGGGACAAGCUAGACUGGAAGAUCAGACCUACCCAUUCUAUUAUAAUGGUCUAAAUACCACCCACUGUACUAAACAUGUUGCUUUCCUGUAUGAUCCCUAAAUGCAUUGAGUCAACCUUUUUUUAAAGUGCUGUGAAGGAAAAUUUUCAUAAUUGUUCAUGAGCUUCCUAAGUUAUAUAAAAUAUUCUACUUUAGUCUUAAAAAAUAUUUAAUCUUACCAUGUAUAGUUGCAACUUUUAUGGAAUCUGACUAGCUUUAUUUAAAACCUGUAAUUUUAGGCAGCUUUGAAAAUAGCUUAUUUUUGAAUUUUUAGGCUGUUCAUAAUGGGUUCUUAGUGAUUCAGGAGGCCUUUAUUCUAGCUCAGUGAAUGAGAUGCCAUACUCAGUGUUUAAUAUUUCUACAGAAAGUAGUCAGUGACUUCUCCUUCAGUGGAGUUGCAAGGUCUUGGCAUUGCUGAAGUUUUUCAAUAAUCUGUAUUCGUGCAGUAGCCUCCCGGGGAGGUUGUUUUUUUUUAAAAAAAAAAAAAUGUGUUAACCAGAAAUUUUACUGAGAUAAGUGAGCUUUGCUACUUUAGAAAGAUAGUCCUAAUGAUGCUUUUCUUUGAAAAAUAAAAUGGGGAAUUUCUUUAAUUUGGGAAGAGUUUUUGUUUUACUUUUUGAACCAGAUCAUGAGUUACUUCAUUAUUAUUGGAUUAUACCCUCUAUUUUCGUAUUUGUACUCCACCUGGGAUUUAUUUUAGUCCAUCAAUUAUAUCCAUUGUCAUCCCUCCCCUAAAUUUAAAACCGCCUCAUUGUGCCUGAAACCGUAGUAAUUAAAGCCAUACGUUACAUGUGAAGUUCAGUUUAUAGGCUGCUAAUGAAAUAACCUGUAAGUUAAAGAUGUGUAAGUUACAUAUUGUGUCUUUCGUGUUUUGUACCAUAUUCUGAGGGGUUCAAGUUACAAAUGGUGACUCUUUUUGCUGGGACAACAUGAUUUGGCAGCCUUGAAGAUUCAACUGGUUCCAUCUAAAGGACCUCACAGAACAGUGGAUGUGCAGUGAGAAGGAGAGAAACUUUAUUCACCCAGUUGUGAGUGAAAUUCUCUUGCUGGUUUCUUGUGUGGGAGCACAUAUUUGCUUUUGAAUCCAGUCUCCACUAUCCAAUCCCAUACUUUCAGCUCUUAGUUUGGAAAGACAAAAUUGAUUCAGUUGUUUGGGGCUAAAAAACAGCAAGUGUCUCACCUGAGAGCAGCAGUAUUCUGUGGUUACCAAAGUUUCCAGUUUCCUCUGAAAAUGUCCCCACUACUGCCUGCAUGCACUUCCUAUUACUCUUAAGUGUGGAAAAAUAUAUAAACUGG